GAAAAGUUCAAUUAUGUGAUUUUGGAGUAGCAGGGCAAUUAACUGCAUCUUCAUCAAAAAGGACAUCGUUCGUUGGUACACCAUAUUGGAUGGCACCGGAAGUGAUUAUUGAGGGUGCAACCUAUGAUAUGAAAGUAUCAAUACAAUUGAUUCCAAGGAAUCCACCAGCCCAAUUAGAGGGUCCUUAUUCAAUACCUUUAAAGGAAUUUGUUUCGUUAUGUCUUAAUGAAUGCCCUGAACAACGUCCGGCAGCAGAUGAAUUAAUAAAAUGCAAAUUUAUAAAAAGUAUAAGCAAGCAUCAAACUGGGAUAUUAAGAGAUCUCAUUGCGAGAUUUGAUUUAUGGAAACAAACAACAGGGUAUCGUCAAUCAUUUUCAGAUCCAUAUGGAACACCUUCAAGCGAAAGUGAUUCUUGUGAUAUUGGAGAUAAUGACGACGAUGAGGAUGCUUGGAUUUUCGAUACAGUGCAAAAUACGGCGAAUACAGCGAUACAUCGUAAAUCACAUUCUUUAGGAUCACUUGCAAGUAAUUUGGAUAAAUUGUCACCUCGCUAG